CCCUGCUGUCCCUGACUGCCACACAAUCUGACAUCUGUAAUGCGAGCUGGAGUUCGUCCUCUCCCCAGCCUCCUGUCGCGACCCCAGCAAGUCUAUCGACACGAUCAACACCUCGCCAGCAUUGCGAGAUGCAGUCCUAGCCGUGGCUUGAGUUUUAGCGCGUCAAACGCACUGCAAACGCAUCAACGUCGUCAAUAUUCAUCCGUACCAAAUGACCAGAAUCCCUCACCUGAAGGUUUCCAAGAAGUUCUGGACACUUUGGCUAGAGUUCGAGCUCGUCAGGAACUUUUCGCGGAGUACAAGAAGCAAGAUGUGUUCGCUCCGUCGAGUAUGAGCUGGCUGGCCAAUUGGUUGAUGUUCUACCAUCUCAAUAGACCGCAGAACACGCAGUUGGAUCUGAUUGAGUUUAUUCAAGGCGCCAAGUACGCGAUGGGGGCGACCAUGACGAUCAUGUACUCCAGAGAGUUUGCAGAUUAUGUGAGACGUGAGGAUGAGGCUCCAGGACCGUUGAAACCGGACUGCGAGGCCGCGGAAAUGGUGGAGCGCUCGCUUGAGACCGUGAGCUACGAAGCGUUCAAGUCGUUCAUUCUCCAGUCGGCCAGUGCCGGAGUUCGCGCAGAGAUGACGAAGAUCGAAGUGCACAAUGCGUAUUUGUUGAGUGUGCAGUAUGAUCGCGUCGCUAAACGGUCGACAACCAACUCUUCGGGCGCCAAGGUGCUGGGAGUUCCGGUAGAUGAACGACUGAAGCUGGCGGUGUUGUUUGAUAUCACGGAACAUGUGAGUAUGACGAUGGCGGAUUCAAAUGGUGCUGAGCAAAUUGCGAGACGUAACAAGGCGAUUUGGCAGUUUGAGUCGAAAGUUACGAAACCGGAAGAUAUCGACUGGAUCAUUGAGCCGCUGCAUCUUACCGCGUAGGAUAUGCGAUUACUUAGUUGAUGCAGUCUCGAGAGUCUAUCAUGAAUAAAUGAAUGAAAAUUGCAAGGAUAAUAGUCAUUAUGGUAGCAAUUGGAGGAUGAG